CGCGAGCUGGUGAGGGGAGGCCUAUGCAAGUGCCGUAUAAGGCCCGGCCCGCCUGUGCUGUCAAAGUGAGGUUUUGUAGUUUCCUAUCCACCCUUUCCUUCUACCCACUUCCACCUUUAUCUUUAUGGUUCAUUUAUGCCAUUUCCCGGAACACCCAUGGUCAUAGCUCAAGAGCCUCGCAGCUCGUUUCCACCAUCCGUGCGGCCUCGUGAAUGUACCUGGAAUCCUGGCUCUUGGGUUCCCUUAUUCCCGCUCCUCGCCGCCGACACCCAAAAAGGCCGGCCUACCCAUCCGCCAGCUCGACUUGGGACUAACGCUGCCAGACUCGUCAGGCCCAGACGAGUCCGACGGCCACGUCCGUUUUCUCCGACCAAAGAAACUAGCUCUCGUGCAGCUUCGCAGAUCCGAUCUGCUGCUGUUCGACGAGUCUACCUAGGCGCGCAAUCGAGGAUUGACGUGCUGCCUGCCCGUCACCGCUCCUCGGCGCAUCUCGAAUCCCUCCAUUUGGUUGUGACUCGAGCUGCAUGACCUACUUUCUUGUCACUCCAUCACCCACAACCCAUCACGUUCAGACCACGCAACCACGAGAAAUUUUGACAGCCCAUUUUAAUUUUCGUAUCUCUUGCCUCGGUACCCGGAACAAACACAAGGAUUAUCUACCCAAGUAGUAGUAGUUAUUUAAGAUGCCUGGGCCUGUGCCCUUGGCGCUUGCGGCGUCAGCCGGCCUCGCUUACCUCAAUGCGAGGGCGGCUAUCUGGUACGACUUGAUGUUGGUGACGACCAUCGUACCCGUCGUGGCCGGCAUGCGCUACAACUGUUACACGGGCAAGCUGAACCUGUUCUACAAGCUCGAGGCUCGCGCCAAGGACUCGACCUCGGCGAACCGCACCUUCAUCCGCUUUGGCGACAACUCCCACACCUACGCCGAGGUGUACACGCUCGCCCUCCGCUAUGGCGAGUGGAUGCGGAAGAGCUUUGGCGUCAAGAAGGGCGAUGUCGUGGCCGUCGACUUCAUGAACUCGGACAAGUACAUCUUGUUAAUCUUCGGCCUCUGGGCCAUCGGCGCCAAGCCCGCCCUCAUCAACUACAACCUGAGGGACAAGCCUCUGCUGCACUGCGUCUCGGCGGCCAAGACGGCCCUCUGUAUCGUCGACCCUGCAGUCGCCGAUGCGCUCACGGACGAGCUUCGUCGCGCUCUUCCGGACACGCGCUUCGAGGUGUUCGGCCCGGAGCUGGAAGCCGAGGCCAACGCCGCUGAGCCCGUGCGUCUCCCGGAUGAGGUCCGGCACGAGACCGAGGGCGAGGCCGCCAUGGGACUCCUUAUCUACACAUCGGGCACCACCGGUCUCCCCAAGGCGGCCGUAGUUGGUUGGGCGAAGAUGACUGUUGCCGGAGGGUUUACGGGAGGCCUCCUCAACAUGAAAGUGACGGACGUGUACUACACGUGCAUGCCCCUCUAUCACUCCACCGCCAUAAUCAUGGGCCUGUCUCCGGUGCUUACCCGAGGCGCGACUCUGGCUAUCGGACGCAAGUUCUCCGUGUCCCACUUUUGGGACGAUGUGCGCCACUUGGAAGCCACCAUGAUCCAGUACGUCGGCGAGACGUGCCGGUACCUUUUGACCGCGCCCAAGCAGCACGACCCGGCCACGGGCCAGGACAUGGACAGGGUCCACAAGGUCCGCGUCGCCCACGGCAACGGGCUGCGGCCCGACGUCUGGAAGAUGUUCAAGGAGCGGUUCGGGAUCGAGACCAUUGUCGAGUUCUACGGCGCCACCGAGGGCUCCUUCGCGACCUACAACAUCAGCAAGAACGACUUCUCCCUGGGCGCGGUCGGGCGCAAUGGAUGGAUCUACCGGCUCCUGAUGUGGUCGGCCAUCGCCUUUGUGGAGGUGGACUUUGACACGGACCAGCCGUGGCGCGACCCCAAGACGGGCUUCUGCCGGCGCACGAGCGCGGGCGACCCGGGCGAAUUCCUGCUCAAGGUCCCUCCCGGCGACGACAUGGCGCAGCGGUUCCAGGGCUACUACGGCGACGCCAAGGCGACCGAGUCCAAGAUCCUGCGCGACGCCUUCUCCAAGGGGGACGCGUGGCUGCGGACGGGCGACGUGAUGCGCUUCGACGCCGACGGCCUCCUCUUCUUCCACGAUCGCAUCGGCGACACGUUCCGCUGGAAGAGCGAGAACGUGUCGACGCAGGAGGUGGCCGUCGCGCUGGGCCACCACGACGCCGUGCGCGAGGCCAACGUCUACGGCGUGAGCGUGCCGCACGCCGAGGGCCGGGCCGGCUGCGCGGCGCUGAUUAUGGACGGCGGCGGCGGCGGCGGCGGCGGCGGCGUGGCGCCCGAGGUGCUGAGAGACCUCGCCGAGUACGCGGGCCGCUCCCUGCCCAAGUUCGCCGUCCCCGUGUUCCUGCGGAUCGUGGGCGAGAUGCAGUCCACCGGCACCAACAAACAGCAGAAGCACGGAAUGCGCGAGGAGGGCGUAGACCCGGCCAAGACGGGCGGCGACCAGAUCUACUGGCUGAGGGACGGCACGUACGUGCCCUUCACGCCCGCGGACUGGGCGAAGCUGAGCAAGGGCGAUGUGAGGCUCUGA